AAAAUUUGCUUUUAGUUUGUUUUAUUUUAAAGUGUAUAAUUGUUAACGCGUUACGUGAUACAGCGUUCGUUCGUAAGCAUCGACGCAUCGUUGUAACAUUAUCUUAUCAGUCGACAAUCGGUUUAGUACGUUAAUCUACCCUCGAAUGUGUGUCAGGCAAGAAAAAACGUAUGCAGCAGCAACAAAAACAAUAAGAGCAAUACAUAUAGUUCAUGCUCUCUAUUCCCAGUGCAUAACCGUGUGAUCAGCGACAACAACAAAUAUUCUAAUUUAAUAAAUGCUCAAUUUACGUGAGAGUGCUUGUGACUGUGUGUGUGUGUGACGGAAAUAUGCAUAAUUAAUACAAGGUGUGAAAGAAGCGCCUAAAGCAGUUCCGCAUUUUUAAAUUUAUAACAAAAAGUGGUCACACCGCAAAGCAACAACAAGCAAAGAGCGGUUAUUAUUUGAAAUAUAUAAGAUUAAAAAAAAUCAACAGUAUUAAUCAGCUGUUUCUUGUGUUUAAAGUGACGCUAGUGCGAGCGAGAUAGCAAAGCUGCGCGCCAAAUCGCUCUUGGCCCGCACAGUGUGGCAAUAUAUGUUAACAACAACACGAAAUCUUAUGAAGCAUUAUAUAUCUUAUUUCCAGCCGUUAUUAAGCCCAAUUGCUUGAGAUCGUUUUAAAUAUCUUUAAACGCGUGUGUAAGAAAAAAGUGCAAAAAUAAAAAGAAAUUAGUGCAAGAUGAGUGAAUUAACGCCAAGUGAAGCAACUGUCGAAGGCGCAACAGCAACACCAGCAGCUGUGGCAACAACAGAAAAUGAAGCAGCUGCAACUCCUCGGCCAAGUCGCUCUAAUAUUCCUACGCCUGCUUCGUCUGUGACCGGCAUCCCCGUUAGCAGGCUAAAGGCACCCUCUAACUUUGGCUCAACGAACUCUGUCUCGAAGAUCGGCAGAGCCUGCUGCACGCAUGCGACCCCAAAAGCGGGACCACCACCAAGAGAUACAAACAGCAUGAGUCGUGAAAGCGAUGACAAUUUGAGUUCCAUCAAUUCGGCGUAUACAGAUCUCUAUCAAGAGACUGUCAAGCGCUUUACGCGCUCCUCGCUCUCACCCACAUCCGACUGGGAACGCUGCUCCCCCGGCCGCCGAUCGCUCAAGUCCAGAACGCCGACGCUGUCCGACAAUGAACGUCGCACAUCUUAUGAUUAUUAUCUUGAGGCCACAGGUCGGCGUCGUAGCUCAGAUCACAACAGCGCGGUGCUCACAGCCAACACAGAACAGUUUAUAAUUGGUCAACGUGUGUGGGUGGGCGGACUGCGCUCAGGCCAGAUUGCCUACAUUGGCGAAACACACUUUGCACCCGGCGACUGGGCGGGCAUUGUGCUCGAUGAACCAAAUGGCAAGAACGAUGGCUGCGUCUCGGGCAAACGUUACUUUCAGUGUGAGCCAAAGCGCGGCAUCUUCUCGCGUCUCACACGUCUUACCACAUAUCCGCUGUCGGGUGCAAUGACGCCCACUUCACCACUGGCCAAGAACUCGCCGGAACGCUCGCGCACAGUUUCACCCACGGCCAGCGUGCGCAGCUCCAUGCUGCGUAGUCCAGGCACAGGCAAAAAUGGUUUAACAGUCGGCGAUCGUGUCAUUGUCUCCUCGGGCUUUGGCAGUCGUCCCGGACUCUUGCGUUAUUUGGGCGAAACACAGUUCGCUCCCGGCAACUGGUGCGGCGUAGAGCUCGAUGAAGCUAGUGGCAAAAACGAUGGAGCCGUUGACGGCAUAAGAUAUUUUGAAUGCAAGCCGAAAUAUGGCGUCUUUGUGCCCAUUGCCAAAGUGUCGCUGUCGCCAUCCACAAAGAAGACGCGUCUAUCGCGCGCCGGCUCGCGCGAAUCUCUCACCUCGAUUGGCACUAUGAAUAGCAUUGCUACCACAAAUACGUCGCGCAUGCGCAUGAAUGCUCAGCAGCGCAAGUCGAGCACGCCCCUUAGGCCAAUUGUAACAUCGCCAAAAAGUCAAUUUUCCAUGCAGGACCUGCUGCGCGAGAAGCAAAUGCAUGUGGAGCAACUGAUGGUGGAGCGUGACUUGGAUCGCGAGGAUGCACAGAAUCAGGCGCUGCAGCUGCAAAAGAACAUCAAUGAGCUAAAGGCACGAAUUGUGCAAUUGGAGUCGCUAUUGGGCGACGAACGCAAGAAAUCAGAAGAGCUACAGUUCUCUAUAGAUGAGGCACAAAUCUCCGGCGAAGAGCUAAAUACGCAGUCUCAGGUUUAUAAGGAAAAAAUACAUGAUCUUGAAAAGAAGAUAACGCAGUUGGUGUCAGCCACGCCCAGCUUGCAAAGCAUACAGCCCACGGAAGAUAUUGCAGCUCAGUCGUUGAUAUCCGAGCUGCAGGAAAAGCUCAGCAAGCAGGAGCAGCUAAGCAAUGAGCGGUUUGCUGAAUCCCAGGAGGAAGAGGAGCGGUUGCGGGAAAACAUUAAGUAUCUGCAGAGUCAAAAUGCAACGCUGCAGUCUGAACUGGUGGCCAAAGAUGAGAGUCUGGAAAAGUUCUCGCUGUCACAGUGCGGCAUUGAGAAUCUACGCACUGAGUUGAAACUGCUCAAAGAGGAUAAUGAAAAGCAGACACAACAACUGCAGGCCGACUUUCAGGAAAAGUUGGCGGAAAAAUCGGAACAGCUUAAACAAGUCAAUGCGGAACUUCACAAGCUCAAAAGUGCCUCAGAUACAUUGGAAAGCGAACGUGCCAAUGUGAGCGAUGAAUGCGAAAUACUGCAGACUGAAAUACGCAUGCGCGAUGAGCAACUCAAGGAGCUCAACCAACAGCUCGACGAGAUUACCACACAGCUGAGCGUUCAAAAGGCGGACAGUUCGGCAUUAGAUGACCUGCUCAAAGCGCAGCAACAAAAUAAUGCGCAAGGCAAUGUGCAAUUGGAGCAUUUCAAGCAGCAGCUGGAUGCAAUUCAGAAUGAAAAGGAGCAACAGUUAUUGGAGAGCAAGAUUCAACAUGAGGAAAAGGAGAAAGCACUAACUGAGGUUAAAACGACACUGGAUCAGUUAAAGCUUCAGCUGGAGACGGUUCAGAAAGAAAAGGAGCAACAGUUACUGGAAAGUAAGGCUCAUCAAGAAGAAAAGGAACAAGCACUAACAGAGGUUAAAGCAACACUAGAGCAGUUGAAUCAUCAGCUUGAGACAAUUCAGAAAGAAAAAGAGCAACAGAUGCUGGAAAGCAAAACGCAACUGGAGCAAAAGGAGCAAGCACUAAUAGAAGUUAAAGUGAAACUGGAGCAGUUAAAUCAUCAGCUAGAGGCGGUUCAGAAAGAAAAGGAGCAACAGUUGCUGGAAAGCAAGGCACAAGUGGAAGAAAGGGAACAAUCACUAACAGAGGUUAAAGCGACACUAGAGCAGUUAAAUCAUCAAUUUGAGACACUCCAGAAAGAAAAAGAGCAACUGUUGCUGGAAAGUAAGUCACAAUUGGAGCAAAAGGAGAAGGCAGUAACAGAAGUUAAAGAGACACUGGAGCAUUCAAAACAUCAGCUUGAGACAGUGCAGCAGGAAAAGGAGCAACAGUUGGUGGAAAAGAACUCACAACUGGAACAAAAGGAGCAGGCACUAACAGAAGUUAAAGCGACAUUAGAGCACUUAAGGCAGCAGCAUGAGCAAAGGGCGAAAGAACAAGCGCAGAAUUUUGAAAGUCAUAGCAAGGAGCUGCAAGAGCAGAUACGACAGCUGAAGCAGGAUAAAAAUAAAAUGACAGACGCAUCACAAGAACUAGAAGCUACCAAAGCGCAGUUGGCACAACUCCAACAGCAGGCCAGCAACAGCGAUGCAGAGAGCACUCAACAGUUGGCCCAAUUGCAGAUCGAGCUAACUGAGCUUCGAGCACAGCUAAGAGCAAAACAAGAUAGCUUGGAUGCAGGCGUAAACGAAUUGCAGAAGCAGAAAGAGCAGCAGCAGCGUUUGGAAGCUGAGCUGCAACAGCAGCAGACUGAAUUACAACGCGAGAAAGAGCAAAGUGCUCAGACUGAGAUGCAGUUGAAGCAAAGCGUUGAAAGGUGUGCGCAGCAUGAACAAGAGCUGGGGGAGGUGCGUCGCCAGCAGCAAGAGUUGCAGUCCAAGUGCGAGAGUCAGCAGCAACAAUUAGAAACGCUGCAGCAACAACUAAAGACAGCUCUUGAUGACGUCACGCAAGAGAAGCAGCAGAGCAGCGGCAGUGAAACUGCGCUCAAGGAGCUACAAGAACGUCUGGAGAUAACCAACACAGAGCUGCAGCACAAGGAGCAGCUAGCUCGCGAAGACGCGCAAAAGAUUGCAGAUCUUAAGACGUUAGUGGAGGCGAUACAGGUGGCCAAUGCAAAUAUUUCAGCUACGAAUGCGGAGCUGUCCACCGUGCUGGAGGUAUUGCAGGCAGAGAAAAGCGAAACGGCACACAUAUUUGAGCUCUUUGAAAUGGAGGCGGAUAUGAACACAGACAAUUUGCUGGAGAAACUGCAAGGCAUGAAGGAUGAGCUUCGUGACACUCAUAAGCAACUCGAGACAGCACAAGGCGAUAAUCAAAAGCUGCAGAUGCAAUUGGAGCAAUUACAGCAAGGCGAGCAGCAAUUGCAGGGCAAUGCGCAAGAAUCUGCGGAGAAGCUGCGUCAACUGGAACAGGCUCAUGGCGAACUACAGGAAGAACUUAAAAACAAGCAGGAAGAGUUUGCCACGGUAGAGCAAAAAUUGAAGCAUGAACUGCAAGAAACCCAAAAGCAACUGGAGACAAAACAAGUCGACAAUCAACAGCUUCAGACACAAUUGGAGCAAAUGCAGCAAGGCGAGCAGCAAUUGCAAGGCAACGCGCAGCAGUCUGCGGAACAGCUGCGUCAACUGGAAGAGGCUCAUGGCAAAAUAAAGGAAGAACUCAAGCUCAAGCAGGAAGAGCUUGCCAGUGUGGAGCAAAAAUUGAAGCAUGAACUACAAGAGACGCAUAAACAACUGGAGACCAAACAAGCCGACAAUCAACAGCUGCAGACGCAAUUGCAGCAAGGCGAGCAACAAUUGCAAGGCAACGUGCAGGAGUCUGCGGAGCAGCUGCAUCAACUGCAAGAGACUCAUGUCCAACUGCAAAAAGAACUCAAACUCAAGCUGGAGCAGCUCUCCACUGUGGAGCAACAAUUGAAGGAAACGCAAACUAACUUGCAACAAACUGUAGAGAAAUAUGAGCAACAGCUGCAGCAAAUGCAGCAGGAACAACUAACGUUGCGUGCCAAGGACAACGAAUUUAAUGCUCAACUAAACGAAUAUAAGCAGGUCAUAGAUGAAAUGGAUGAGCGCUCUAGUGCCAAGUCUACCACAUUGCAACAACUACAAGGUCGCAUUAAAGAGCUAGAGUUGCAACUGCAACAAGCACUAGAGGCGCUACAAUCCACGCAGCUGCAAUCGCAGCAGUUCCAACGCCAACUAGAAACUCUCGAGCUGGAGAAGACGCGCGAGAUUGUGACGUUACGUGCGCAGGUGAAUGGGGCCGCGGCCAGCAAGGCCAACGAACCGAUGUUGGAUACGGAGACGAGCUUGGCAAAGAUCAACUUUCUCAACUCUAUAAUAGCAGACAUGCAGCAGAAGAAUGAUGCACUCAAGGCUAAGGUGCAGACGCUCGAAACGCUGCCAACAGAUUUUACAAAACCGCAGGCCUUUGACUUGGUCAACAAGCGCAAGCCGGCGCCUCGUUUGUUCUGUGACAUUUGCGAUGAGUUUGACAAGCAUGAGACUGAGGAUUGUCCGCUGCAAGCUGGCGAUGAGCGCGACUAUUCGCCGCCACCAAGUGCCUUGUCCAACAACAAAGAGGAUAAGCCACGUAAGCUGCCAGCGCCCCGGAAAUACUGUGAAGCCUGUGAAGUGUUUGGCCAUGAUACUAGCGAGUGCGCUGAUGAUGAGACCUAUUAGAACUUAAGACUAAUUUUGUUGGUUGUUUAAAGCAAAUUUUUUGUACGCCUUUUAAAUCAAUUUACCUCAGCAGCCACCGUGUAAUUAGCUUACGUUUUUGCAACUCACAUUCUUUUACCAAUUUCUACUUUUUUAAAUUGUUUGUUUGCCUGUAGAUUUUAAAUUGUUAAUAUUUAUUAUAC